GCACGGUGGCGGUCUUCCACGCCGUCAACGCCAUGUUCCCAGACAUCGAGCCCGUUAGGGUCAUGGCGUGUCAGCCGCCGCGAUCUGCCGGCGGAACCGGCUGGCAGAUCGACGCGGAGUUCCCCCGCCACGCGCCCCGCUCGGCUUGCCCAGCCGCAGAGGCUGCCCGAGAGAAGAAGAGCAAGGAUUCGGCCACGGAGGUCUCCAGGAAGACGGACCUGGGCGACUCCAUCAUGACGGCAAUCGCCAUCGCCCCGCUUGCCACCACGGCGUUCAAGUUCACGAACCUCGGCGUGCUGCGCAAGCAGGAGUGCGAGCGCGUGCAGGCGCUCCGGGACGAGCUGACGAAGUGCCGGGCGACUGUGGUCGAGGAAGGGGACACGCUGGAGGUGACGCCCAGCACGGCCUGCUCCCUCGGUGACGCCACGGUUUGCACCUACCACGACCACCGCAUGGCCAUGUGCAUGGCCACGCUCGGGCUGAAGGCGAAGGGCAUCAAGAUCGAGGAUCCGAGCUGCGUACGGAAGACCGUGCCGUCCUUCUUCCAGAUGUUCGCUGCUGCGCCUCCGCACGGUCUGGGCGCGGAGGUCUGGGAGUGCGACCCGGCCACUGGCGCCCGAGUGAGGCGGCUGACGGAGAAGGCAGACUUGCUGGCGUGCAAGUAG